CUAUAUUGUUUGAGCUGGACCUUUCAAAUAUCCACAGCUUAUCGCUAACAUCGGCUGAGUUGGGACGACUGAUGAGUUCAAUUAUAACAUGCACAAGAGUUUCGCAGCCGUCUAUCAUUUACAUUAAGCACAUUCAUCGGUUGUUCUAUAGAAAAGUACCACAAGAAGAUUCUAAUAUGAAAUUAGACGUGAUGAAGCGUUUGAUAACUAAGAAACUGUUGAAGAGGAUUAAUAAAAGUGACAAAAUAACAGUCGUGGCCAGCUGUGUGGAUCCGUGGCUCACGAAGAGUGGCCCUCUUCUGAAGCUGUUCCCGGUGGCUGUCUUGAUCCCGGACACUUCGUACUCUGCUGUCUUCAGACUCCUGCAGCGUUGGAUGAAUGACAACCAAUCAGUUCCUCGAGACCUGGAUAUCCAUAGCCUAGCCUACGUUUUGCGAGGGUACAGCUAUGGACAACUUAAAGAGGGUCUAGAGAGCUUCUUGACUCCCGAACGAAUAAUCAAAAUUGCCGCUCGUGGACUUCUCCCUAUGGAGAUUUACAAUUUCUUUUUAGAAGACGAAACUAAAAUUAAAGUUGACUACGAAAAGUAUCUGAAAUGGUAUUCGGAGAAAACGCAAUGGGGCAAGAAAGAGACGAAGCACAUAGCAGAACAACGCGAGUUCAGACUGGCGGCGGAUAUGUAUGCGCAGAGAGCAGAGAAGAAAAAGAAGGAGGCAAAUGUCAGAGCCAAAGACGAAGAAACCCUGGAAGAAACGGAUGAAUCUGAUGAUGAUGAGUAAAGACGAGAGAU